GGUCGCAAUCAAAAGAUCAGUAAUCAAAUUUAAAUGACAGAAAAACGCUCCUCGCGGAUACGAAAAGUUCACAAUUAUGCUCUAUUAGGUGACAGUGAUACUGAGUUCUUUGAUGAUGAUGAACCCGUUAAAUUCAAGAAGACUGAUGUUAAAGAGGUGAAGCCGAUAAGUAAACCUUCUAAGACUAAGAAGUUAACGAAAGAUACGUCCGUGAAACAAUGUGAAACAAUUCAAACACGAAAGGGAAUGUCACCUAACAUAAUAAUCAAUGAAGCAAAACUUACUACUUCUAAUCCUUCGGCUUCCCAUUGUGAAAUAUCAGAAUCUAUAACAACUUCUAGCCACAAAGCUUCGUCAAACUCCUCUCCUUCCGCCCUUGUUCAUUCAAAUUCGUUAGUCAGUAAUUUAACUACUCCGCCAUCUUCAAAUAAAGCGUUUUUCCCUGUCACGCCGUCUAGUGGCCUUCGUCUUGGUUUAUCGCGUACAAAACGAUUACGACCUUUACAUGCAAAUGUGCGUAUCGCAUAAUUUAUGACAUUUUCUGGACGCUGUACAAAAGAAAUUUUAGAACCUACUUUUAUUUUACUGUGCAAUUUUCUUAUAAUAACUACUGCUUUAUGGAUUCUAAUAACUGAGUGUUCAGUUAUUUCUUUAACUGUCAACACUAGUUGUUUUUAAUUCGUUCGUAUCUG